AUGCGUGGGUACCGGCUGUGCAUCGCACCGAGCGCCGUUGGGGACACACCCGAAGAUGAGUCGGUGAUGCAGCUUGCGUGCCCGCACACCGACGACGCUGCGCCACUACUCGCCCAGCUGCAAAUAGAUUUUCCUAGCGUGCCCCGCCACGUCCGUCCCGUUAUAGGUCUGAGAGAAGCGUUCUAUCCGCUGGUGGAGAGCGGCAAAAAGACGACCACCAUCCGCUACUUCCCGGGCCACAUCCAUUGCCCUUCGGCCCCUGUGCUGCCCCUGCAGCUCAACCCCUCUCAGGAGAUUGUCGGGUCUCUGCGCAUCAAGGCGCUCGAGGUCAAGCCCUACGCGGCGAUCACGGAGGCGGACGCCAGGCGCGACGGGUUCAGCGGCCGCGAGGAGCUGGCCGCCAUCCUGCGCGACAUCUACGGCGACGUGCAGCCGCACGAGCUCAUCUCCAUCUACGAGUUCGAACUCCUCCCCGCCAGGCCUCGCGACUCCCUUACCUUGGUCAAGGGCCUUCUGCCGCUCAAGGACCUCUGCGUCGACGCCGUCAUGACCGACAUGAUGUCGCACCUGCGCCUGAACUCGUCUUCAUCAUCAUCGUCGUCGGCGUUGUCGGUGUCGCUCGGUUCGACGCUGCCGCAGCCGAUCGCUGAGUCGCUGCUGGCGACGGCGAUCAGUCGCAAGGUGCUGAGCGACGACAACGUGGGGCACUUCCUGGACCCCGAGAUGCGGCAGCUGUCACUGGCCGGCGGCGAGAACCUCACCCGGCGCACCCUGGCGCGGAUCCUGGCGACGCCGUGCCUCCACCUGACCCACCUCUCCCUCUCGCGGUGCGUCAACAUGACCUCCAAGGAUCUCAUCGCCUUCUUCACCGAACUGUCAGAUAAAAUGGCGGAUGGGGCGGGGCUGCCACUGACGAGCCUGGACAUCACGCGGUGCCCGCGAGUCAACGAUCAAGUGGUCGCCACCGUGGCCAAAUGCUGCCCCAACCUGCGGUACGAUCGCCCUGGCCGAGGACUCGGUCUUGUCUACGUCGACCGUUCAAAAAUCGAUCUCACCCGCUGCACGAACGUGAGCGAUGCCGCAAUAGUCUCGCUCGCGCAGGCCUGCAACGACCUUCAGGAAUUGAUCGUCUUCGCCUGUCCCAAGGAACGAGGCCUUGUGCAGAUCACCAAUGCGUCGAUCUUUGGGGUGCUUCCUGAACACUGCACGGCGCUGCGAGCGCUGUCGCUUUCGCGCUGCCGUCUCACCGACACCGCAGCGUCGGGCGGCCUCGCCCGCCUCUUGGCUCGAGCCCCCGAGCUCGAGGAGCUCGGCCUCGGCCGCUGCAAGAGAAUCGCCGAUUCGGCUCUGGCCGCCAUCGCUGCUGCGUCGUGCGCUUCGACGCUUCAGUUCCUCGAUUUGACCAGCUGCUCGGCCUCAGACCAAACCCUGCGGAUGAUCGGCGCAAGCUGCCGGCGACUGCGGACGCUGUAUCUGUCCAACUGCCCCGUGGUGACCAACGAAACGGUGCAGGCCUUUGCGCGCAGUUGCCGUGAGAUGCGGGCGCUCUAUCUGUCGAGCUGCUCACUCGUCACCGACAUCGGAGUGCUCGAGAUCGCCUACCACUGCAAGGAACUCAACGUGUUGAACCUUUCCGGGUGCGUUCGAGUCACGAAUCUGUCCCUGUGCGAGGUGGCUCGUCAGUGCCCUUCGCUGAACACGCUCUACCUGGCCAACUGCGAGCUCGUCACGGGCAAAGUCAUCCACGCCCUCCAAGAGCAUUGCCAAGGGAUGAAGCUCUUGGAGCUGUCGGGUUGCAACCCGUUGAUCGCCACCUUUGGCGAGGAGAGCCUGUCCGCCAUGCACAACCUUCAGGCUCUGGAUGUGUCGCGCUCGACGCAUGUGCGGGACAGCAACCUGGGGCACAUCGCGCGGCUCUCCUGCCUGACCUACCUCACCUUCUCCGACACCAACAUCAGCGACGAGGGCGUGAUGCACCUCGCCAACGGGUUCUUGCCGCGGCUCGAGUGGCUCAUUCUGUCCAACUGCCUGAAAGUCACCAACAUGCGCUGCGUGCACCACCUCCUCGACAACCUGCCCGUCCUCGCCAAGCUCUUCCUCUCCGGCUGCGCGAACCUGGGCUUGCCGGGCUCGAGCGACGAAGGGCCCGAGAUACGGACCACCGCACUGCCCACCCUGCAGUACCUCUUCGUCUCCAGUUGCCCCCAAUUCCCCGACGAAAUGGCCGUCAGCCUCGUCCGACGGAUGCCCAACCUGUCGUCGGUGGUGUUUGCCCAGUCGACCAGCAUCCAGGACGCCACGCUGCGCUGCCUGGCGCAGACCUGCACCGACAUACGCGACCUGGACCUCUCCAUGUGCUCCAUGGGCGACGAGGCCCUUCUCGAGGUGCUGAUGAGGUGCGGCAAGAAUCUGAUCGACCUCAAGGUGUCGCACUGCAAGCAGCUGUCGUCGGCCACGUUCACGCAGGCCCUGCGGAUACUCCAGCACCUGGAGACGCUGGCCGUCCCCGGCUGUCCCAACUUUGACGCCCCCGUCUUGCGGCAAGUGCCGGAGCUGUGUCCCUCGCUGUCCAAGAUAGUGCUCGGACGCGAGGGCAUCAGCAACCGAACCAAGGCCGAGGUCAUGGAGCAGCACCCAGGCCUCGAGAUCGUGUAG